AUGAAUUUUGCACCCUACCAGGACGAGUCCCCAGAGUUAGAACGUGCUCUCUCUCCUCCGCCGGGCAAAAAUCGAGCGUCCAUAGACUCGCCCCGUGUGCGGUCACCUCCUCCCAAGAACAAGCCUUCUCAGAGCGCCGCGCAUGCGAUCUCCGCGGCCCAGUUUCUCCCCCCUCCGAGUGAUUUUGCACACGAUGCCUUCGCAAACAGAUUUUCGAGUUCUCGAGAAGGACGAGGUCAGAGUUUGGAAGCAUUUGAGACUAGUCUCCCGAUAAGAUUGGAUUACGAAGCCAUGUUGGCUUAUUUGUUCCUUCCGCCCGCUGGAGGAGUGUUCUUGCUUAUUUUCGAACACAAGAGUGACUAUGUGCGAUUUCAUGCGUGGCAGUCCAGCAUGCUAUUCUCGGCCAUCUUUGUCCUCCACCUGAUCUUGUCCUGGUCUCGAGUCCUAUCUUGGAUGUUAUUCGCUGUCGACCUGAUCUUGAUUGGAUUCCUGGCCCUGCACGCAUACCGAGACGUGGAUAACUUGGACCAUUUCGAAGUGCCGUUCUUUGGACGACUCGCAAACUCUUUCGUCGACAAUGAAUGA